AUGAAUCGGCAACAACCUCAACGUCGGAAUGACCUUGCUAUGUGGUACAAUGGUAUACCUGUAUGCACAAGAUUCUUAUUUACGAGUUUCGUAGCAAUAACGUUAGCGGGAAACUUGGGUUUGGUCGACAUAGAGAAUCUACUUUAUUUUCCUCGAGAUAUUUUUGCACGAUUUCAAAUAUGGAGACUUUACACACCAUUUUUUUUAUAUUUCUUCAAUAUAAGCGGCGCAAUUCAGUUAUUUCUUCUAUAUAAAUAUUCAGUAGAACUAGAAACUACGAGGUUUGCAGGACGUACGGCUGAUUAUGUAUAUUUCCUUUUAGUGGAAGCGGUCCUGAUUCUCGUAUCCUUUGAUUUUUUAAUCUCGGUCAUUACGAAAUUUUCAAUGAUUCCCUAUUUCUGCCCGGGUGUUUCACAAUGUUAUUUACAAGUACCCGGUUCUGGUGAAGGGAUAAAAUGA